AUGGCCCCGGAAUCGAUUCUGCGUGAAGAAUAUGAACCGCAUGUAGAUAUUUGGGCAGUCGGGUGCACAGUAUUACAAAUGCUGACUGGAAAAGAGCCUUGGAAGCGCAACAAAGGUACUGAAGUAGCCACUAUUCUUUUUAGGAUUGGAUUUUCUGAAAAAGUGCCCGAAAUUCCAAGUGGGUUGUCGAAGGAGGCUGAAGAUUUUCUCAAGAAGUGCUUGGUUAGGGAUCCGAAGUCACGGUGGACUGCUGAUAUGCUCUUAGGGCAUCCUUUCGUUUCAGCUGCAAAUGAAAGUAUCAAAGAGGCGAGAAACAGAGUUGUUUUUCCCAAGGCAGCGAAAGCAGCUCUUGAUUCAUCAUUCCAGAGUUCAUUCAGGCUUCCUAAACCCUACUUGCUCAUGUCGCGUUUACCAUCAGAUGGGCUCGUAUCGCAUAGUUGCAUGGCCACAAGGCACGUGGAUGGUAAUGUUUCUGAAGACUUUGGUGAAUUUCAUGCUUGCAAAAUGCAAAAAAGAAUGGAGGAAGAAGCCGAAGGGCUGUCUAGAACACGUUAUCGACUGGAUGCGUUGGGGCAGUAUUGGGGUAUCAAGAGGAUUUCAGAGAUACCAAACUCCAACAUUGCUAUUGAGAUUUUCCAUUAA